AUGUCACCCCACCUCAAGCAAUUCAUCAAGCCUGGGACCCUCGCUAUGGACGCAUGGCAGAAUGUGCCGCCCAACAAAGAGCAAGAGAAGGUGGAUGAUACAAUCGCCCGUGGCUGGAGAAUGCAAUCGCUUCAAGCGUCCGCCGAUUCUUUGUUAGGCGCUGCAACUCGCUUGGAGAACGACGUCAGAAGAGAGACACAUUACUGGGAACAAGUCUUGUCUGUCAGCGACAAAGGCUGGUCAAUUUCUCGUCUCCCUCGUGAGAAACACAACCUGGGUGUCCGAUUUGGCUUCCUGGAAGCUCUUGGAGAGUUCAGAGAUCGUGGGCUCGCUGCCUUGAGAUCAGACGAAGACGGCAAUGUCCUACUCGACAAGGGCGUUGGAAACAACAGCAAAGUUCUAAGAGUACGCAUUCAGAAAGGUGGCAGUAUUGUUGGCGUCUCACGGAUGCCGGAUGUCUCGACGGAGUCAGAAGCCACUCUCGAAGCACGCAUUCGUCACGCUAGAGACUCAUUGUACGAAGAAGAACUGUUUCAUGAAAUCAUCCGGGAAUCACGAAAUCUGGCAUCGUACGGUGUCGACAUGCGUGAGUCGACUGUCCGUCUUCCGACAAGUUUGACAUCGACUGCUUUAUCAUCCACAUCAGAUGCGCCAGAAGUCUUGAUUGACUUGUUACCUUUGACUGCGGUUGAGACGAAACCUCUUGAUAAGCAGCCAGAAGAUGCGUGGGCCCAAGCUAUCGCUCUGGCCCUUCGCCUGUUCCUUUCCUACACUCACCGCGAGAGAUUGACACGCCGAUCCGAAUUGCCUCCUCCAAUGUCGAGCGCCAGAAAGAAUACACCCGUCGCAAGCAUUAUGAAGCCUGUUCUAACCUUGCUGCAACACCGCUCAAUGCUUGAUGACAUCGGCGCCUAUCUGGAGCGAAUNCAAAAACUUCUCGAUGCUGCGUCCAUUGACACUACAAUCGAGACAGCUGCCUUCGAUCCAGCACUCUUAAGAUCUGCGGAAACGAUAGAAGCGCUCAUGCANAAAAGUCUCACGCCGCUACAUUCGCGGUCGAAGAUAUCACUGAAGCCAGCGCAUCUGUCCGAGGCAAUCGAGUUAGGUAUCGAGCUUCGCACAUCCAUUUCACCACCCUCCUUCGGCAGUGCCAUGUUGGUUACUUCACCGAUAGGUCUAUCACGAGUGGAGAUACCAGAGAUGCAAGAGCUCAAAGACUACUCAAACACAGCGAUUGCCAACGCUUUGGGCUAUGGGAUUGUAAACAAGCUAGUCAACUGGACCCUGAACGAUAGGUGCGGCAUGCUCAACCGAACCAACAGUAACGAUAAGAUCAGUAUUGAGGUUCACGGAAAUGAAAAUGCAGCACAGGACAGUCUUGUGUUACGGACGGCCAGAGAGAGAUUUGAAUGGAAGGUCGAGGAUGAGAUGAAACAAAACGGGUUCUGGGAGACGGUCAAACAGCAGAUCUGGGACGGACCAUGA